AUGAACACAGAUCCCUGGGACCUGGUGGCUGCCCUUCUCCUGGGCCCCUCUGCCCUCACUGCCAUCGCUGUCUUCCUGAGCCUCCUCCCUCUGAAUUUCUUCAUUACCAAGAAGAGGAACCACCAUCAGGAAGAGCAAAUGAGGCAGAAGGACUCACGGGCACGGCUCACCAGCUCUAUCCUCAGGAACUCGAAGACCAUCAAGUUCCAUGGCUGGGAGGGAGCCUUUCUGGACAGAGUCCUGGGCAUCCGAGGCCAGGAGCUGGGCGCCUUGCGGACCUCCGGCCUCUUCUUCUCUGUGUCGCUGGUGUCCUUCCAAGUGUCUACAUUUCUGGUCGCACUGGUGGUGUUUGCUGUCCACACUCUGGUGGCCAAGAAUGCUAUGGAUGCAGAGAAAGGCUUUGUGACUCUCACGGUUCUCAACAUCCUCAACAAGGCCCAGGCUUUCCUGCCCUUCUCCAUCCACUCCCUCGUCCAGGCCCGGGUGUCCUUUGACCGUCUGGUCGCCUUCCUCUGCCUGGAAGAAGUUGACCCUGGUGCCAUAGACUCAAGUUCCUCUGGAAGCUCUGCUGGGAAGGAUUGCAUCACCAUACACAGUGCCACCUUCGCCUGGUCCCAGGAAAGCCCUCCCUGCCUCCACAGAAUAAACCUCACCGUGCCCCAGGGCUGUCUGCUGGCUGUUGUGGGUCCAGUGGGGGCAGGGAAAUCCUCCCUGCUGUCCGCCCUCCUUGGGGAGCUGUCAAAGGUGGAGGGGUUUGUGAGCAUCAAGGGUGCUGUGGCCUACGUGCCCCAGGAGGCCUGGGUGCAGAACACCUCUGUGGUGGAGAAUGUGUGCUUCAGGCAGGAGCUGGACCCACCCUGGCUGGAGAGAGUCCUAGAGGCCUGUGCCCUGCAGCCAGAUGUGGACAGCUUCCCUGAGGGAGUCCACACUUCAAUUGGAGAGCAGGGCAUGAAUCUCUCCGGAGGCCAGAAGCAGCGGCUGAGCCUGGCCCAGGCUGUAUACAGAAAGGCAGCUGUGUACCUGCUGGAUGACCCCCUGGCGGCCCUGGAUGCCCAUGUCGGCCAGCAUAUCUUCAACCAGGUCAUGGGGCCUGGUGGACUACUCCAGGGAACAACACGGAUUCUCGUGACCCACGCACUCCACAUCCUGCCCCAGGCUGAUUGGAUCAUAGUGCUGGCAAAUGGGGCCAUCGCAGAGAUGGGUUCUUACCAGGAGCUUCUACAGAGGAAGGGGGCCCUCAUGGGUCUUCCGGAUCAAGCCAGACAGCCAGGAGAUACAGGAGAAGGAGAAACAGAACCUGGGACCAGCACCAAGGACUCCAGAGGCUCCUCUGCAGGCAGGAGGCCCGAGCUUAGACCCGAGAGGUCCAUCAAGUCAGUCCCUGAGAAGGACCGUACCACUUCAGAAGCCCAGUCAGAGUUUCCUCUAGAUGACCCUGACAGGGCAGGAUGGCCAACAGGAAAGGACACUAUGCAAUACGGCAGGGUGAAGGCCACAGUGCACCUGGCCUACCUGCGUGCCGUGGGCACCCCCCUCUGCCUCUACGCACUCUUCCUCUUCCUCUGCCAGCAAGUGGCCUCCUUCUGCCGGGGCUACUGGCUGAGCCUGUGGGCUGACGACCCCGCAGUGGGUGGGCGGCAGACGCAGGCAGCCUUGCGUGGCGGGAUCUUCGGGCUCCUCGGCUGUCUCCAAGCCAUCGGGCUGUUUGCCUCCAUGGCUGCGGUGCUCCUAGGUGGGGUCCGGGCAUCCAGGUUGCUCUUCCAGAGGCUCCUGUGGGAUGUGGUGCCAUCUCCCAUCAGCUUCUUUGAGCGGACACCCAUCGGCAACCUGCUAAACCGCUUUUCCAAGGAGACAGACACGGUUGAUGUGGACAUUCCAGACAAACUCCGGUCCCUGCUGAUGUAUGCCUUCGGACUCCUGGAGGUCAGCCUGGUGGUAGCAGUGGCUACCCCACUGGCCAUUGUGGCCAUCCUGCCGUUUCUCCUCUACGCUGGGUUUCAGGCCCUACAUUAUUUGACCAGAGUUGAAGUGACAGAAUUUGAAGAUAUUAAAUCAGGUUACAGAAUAGAUUGUUAUUUUGAUGAAAAUCCUUACUUUGAAAAUAAAGUUCUCUCCAAAGAAUUUCAUCUGAAUGAGAGUGGUGAUCCAUCUUCAAAGUCCACCGAAAUCAAAUGGAAACCUGGAAAGGAUUUGACGAAACGUUCAAGUCAAACGCAGAAUAAAGCCAGCAGGAAGAGGCAGCAUGAGGAACCAGAGAGCUUCUUUACCUGGUUUACUGACCAUUCUGAUGCAGGUGCUGAUGAGUUAGGAGAGGUCUUCAAAGAUGAUAUUUGGCCAAACCCAUUACAGUACUGCUUGGUUCCCGAUAUGGAUGAUGAAGGAGAAGGAGAAGAUGAUGACGAUGAUGAUGAUGAAGAGGAGGAAGGAUUAGAAGAUAUUGAUGAAGAAGGGGAUGAGGAUGAAGGUGAAGAAGAUGAAGGUGAUGAUGAAGGGGAGGAAGGAGAGGAGGAUGAAGGAGAAGAUGACUAAAUAGAACACUGAUGGAUUCCAACCUUCCUUUUUUAAAAUUUUCUCCAGUCCCUGGGAGCAAGUUGCAGUCUUUUUUUUUUUUUUUUUUUUUUUCCUCUUGUGCUCAGUCACCCUGUUCUUGAGGUCUCUCUUCUCUGCUCCAUGGUUCUCAACUUAUUUGGGGGGAAAUACCUUGAGCAGAAUACAAUGGGAAAAGAGUCUCUACCCCUUUCUGUUCGAAGUUCAUUUUUAUCCCUUCCUGUCUGAACAAAAACUGUAUGGAAUCAACACCACCGAGCUCUGUGGGAAAAAAGAAAAACCUGCUCCCUUCGCUCUGCUGGAAGCUGGAGGGUGCUAGGCCCCUGUGUAGUAGUGCAUAGAAUUCUAGCUUUUUUCCUCCUUUCUCUGUAUAUUGGGCUCAGAGAGUACACCGUGUCUCUAUGUGAAUAUGGACAGUUAGCAUUUACCAACAUGUAUCUGUCUACUUUCUCUUGUUUAAAAAAA